GCCCACAACUAUUAAGAGUCCCUGCCGAAGUCUCUAGAUGUAGUUGGGAGCCUCGGCUCAUUCCGAACUUCAGUUGGAGACCUAAGAGGGAUCUGGAAUUGAGGCCCUUCUUCCCUUCGGGCACUAAAGAAGGAAGGGGCAGCGGGGACGAGUUCGCGCGAGUUUAAAAGAGCGCAUGAGCGCCGAGGGUAGGGCCAGUAGGGCUCUCGAGCAGGUGUGUUAACCAGUAGGCGCGCGCGCUGCCAGCGUUAUAGAGCAGAAGUCCGGCUCCUCCUGAUACAAUUCCGUUCAGCUCGUGAGGAGACACCCGUCUGCAGCCGAUUCGGAUCGCGGCCCCAGCAAGACCACCACCGAAGCCAAGAGAACACGAGCCCACGAUUCGGAGCCGCACAAGAGCAAAGCUAAGCCGGGACAGCUGUGCAGAUCGCCUCUCACUUCCGCAGACCCAGGCGCCUGCGCACUACUCUCCUCACUCUCCACCCCGGAACCUCAGUCGGAGUUUUUCAUUGGUCUAUCCAGGGCUUGAUCCCGCCUCCCAGGCGGUCGCCAAAGGCUGAAAGUCAUCCGACCCCCUUUUAACGUGUAUCCGGUGUAGAGUGCGGAAGCUCUCGAGGGUGACGCACGAAACGGGGUGACGCAACCGAAAUAUUAUAGGUUGCCCCAGAACGGGGAGGGCAGAGUGUGGGCUGAGGGGGUCUUCCAAAUUUGGAAGGCGCCGGAAGUAGACGUGGGGUGGUGGGCGCGGGUUGGGGAGCUCAGGGGGCAGCUGUAGCCGCCCGGGCGCCCGGCUGCGCCCGCGAGCCUCAGUGCUGCCCUGGCCCGGCUCGGCCCCAAGGCUCCGCACCAUGGACUUCCGGGACAUCCUGAUGGUGGCGUCGGAACAGCAGGGACUCAACAUCAUCCCGAAAAGAUACAGUUUGGCAGUAGGUCCUCCCAAAAGAGAUCCCAAAGUCAAAGGUGUACAGUCAGCAGCAGUGCAAGCUUUCCUCAAGCGCAAGGAAGAAGAGCUAAGAAGAAAAGCUUUAGAGGAAAAGCGGAAAAAGGAGGAAUUGGUGAAAAAGCGCAUUGAAUUAAAACAUGACAAAAAAGCAAGAGCUAUGGCGAAGCGGACAAAGGACAACUUCUAUGGUUAUGAUGGGACUCCUGUUGAAGAGAAAUCAAAAAGGAAACAGGUAGUCGAGGGACCCACAGACCACAGAGCAGACCAAGAAUACUUGAAUGAGGAAGAAGCAGAAUCGUUGGAAUAUUGUCAGAGUGAGUCAGAGCAUGAUGAGUCAGAGGAGUAUGAGCAGGAAGAACCCCCUCCUCUGAAGUCUGUAACCAAACCAAAGGCCCCCCUCAAAAGUGCUCCUCCGCCUAUGAACUUCACAGAUUUAAUUAGGCUGGCUGAGAAAAAACAGUACGAACCUGUGGAAAUUAAGGUAGUAAAAAAAAUAGAGGAACGCCCCAGAACUGCAGAAGAACUGAGGGAAAAAGAAUUUUUAGAGCGAAAAAACAAAAAUAUAGAUAGAGGAAAAGAGAAAAAAAUGCUUGAAAGAGAGAAAAGGCUAACUCCCCCAACUGUGUCCAAAAAGGUUUCUUCCCCAAAAGAAAGUGUUAAUGUAAGACACAAAGGUCCUGGGGACAAACAUUCCUCUUCCAGGGGAGGCCAUCUUCCCCAAGUAGGUGCUGAGAAAAAAUCUAGACCUAUAGCAGCCAGCGAGAAAUCUAUGAGACUGCCUUCCAUUAAGUCCCAACCGGGAGAGAGGACCAAAGUAGGGCCUGGAGACCAGCACUCACCUAGUGAAAGCCACAAACUCUUGCUUAAUGGGGCACAGAAGUCCCGCCCUAGCUCCCAUUCUGUGGGCACAGGAAUCUCAAAGACUCCAGUUCGUGGGAAUCAAAAAUCCAGUGAGCACAGACCUUCCAAAUCUCCUUCUUCCCAUCCUAGCCAUUCCAAGUCUGGGGCUAUCUCCACUCCACAUGACAAGGCAAAAAAUUCAGGUGCCAAGCAGCCAGGGAACAGUUCCAGUUCAAAUUCAGGGCGGCCAGGCAUGGGGACUUCUCGGCCAGUUCUAAGCCCAAGCCCUAGGAGACAUGGUGGCAGCUCCAGCUCAGGACCUGAACAGCAAAUCAAUGGAUCCAAACGCUUGAUCAGUGGAUCAGGUCCCACUGGACGACCUGUUAGUGGCUCAAGUGGCCGUGGGCAUCCUACAAGCAAUUUAAGCUCUGGCCAGCUAGCCAGUAGUACAAGCUCUACAGGGCGGACAGUGACCCAACUUGGGCGACCUGUCAGUGGCUCAAGUGGCCCUGGGAGACCAAACUCAGGUGGCCCUGGGAAGCCUGGGGGUGGCCCUGGGAGACCCGUGGGCAACUCGGGUGGCCCUGGGAGACCCGUGGGCAACUCGGGUGGCCCUGGGAGACCCGUGGGCAACUCGGGUGGCCCUGGGAGACCCGUGGGCAACUCGGGUGGCCCUGGGCGGACAGUCAGUGGCUCAGGUCCCCCUGUAAAGCCCAGGUGCACAGUUGUUUCAGAAACUAUCUCUUCCAAGAAUAUUAGCAGCCGGCCCAGCAAUGGGAUGAUGAAUGGGAUGAGGUCUCCUCCACCUGGCUACAGACCUGCUGUAUACCCACAAGGUACUCAAAGAUCCCCGUUUCCUCCUAUGGCCCGGAAACGGUAUCAUGAAGAGGAGGAAGAGGAGGAAUAUGACUCUGAAAUGGAGGAUUUCAUUGAUGAUGAAGGAGAACCUCAAGAAGAAAUAUCAAAACAUAUUCGGGAAAUCUUUGGCUAUGACCGUAACAAAUACAAAGAUGAAAGUGAUUAUGCCUUACGUUACAUGGAAAGCAGCUGGAGAGAGCAACAGAAAGAGGAAGCCAAGAGCUUGAGACUUGGUAUGCAAGAAGACCUAGAAGAAAUGAGACGUGAAGAGGAGGAACUCAAGCGCCGGAAAGCCAAGAAAAUGAAACUGCGUUAGCUGCAGGUUUUAACCAUUGGGAGAAAAGGCUUUGUUGAGAAACUCUCUGCAGACUGGAAAAAAACCCCUUUUUCCCUUUGGUUUUUAUUUGAGGACUAUAGAAGGAGAUAUGUAAAGGAAGCACUGGAAAACAAGGCUGUGGUUUGAACAGAAAGUAUUUAUUUUUUAAUACUUGCCAGAGUUAAAUCUGUAAUGCAGAUGAAAUGUAAUAUUCAUUUGAAUGUUUAUAUAUGAAAUUAGCUGUUCAAAGAUGCCAGCAAUGAUACUGAUGAGCUAUGCACACUGAUGUGGGGGGUCCACUCACCAGUUGUUUGCUAGUCACCUGUUAUUUAUUUGACAGUUAAAAAUCAAGUGAGGAUUGUUUUGUUUCCAUAGUUACUACCCAGAUAUUUGGGUGGGACAUCCCUGAACCAAUUAAGAUCAUGUCAUAGGCUUCUCUUAAGAAUAGUAACCUGUAAUGUCAGUCUUUUCCACAAGUGUUGCCAGCAAUAAAGGAAUCUGCCCUGGCCUAUGUGUUUGAGAAUCCUGGGGUCUUAAAAUAAUUUGACAAUAUAAAGUAGGGUUCAUAAUUUCAGAAUGGCUGCUAUUCCUAUGAUUUUGAAAUAAAAAUGUAAUAAAUUAUCUAGGACUCCACAUUGUCCAAGGAUUGGAUGCUGAGCAUUUUCAAUCAAAAAUGUGUGUUAUAUUGGGAGUUUUAUAAGCUCUGCCUCUUUAUAUAGAAUAUUCUUUACCUAGUUUUCUUUGCAGUUUUAUGAUUACCCUGGUUCUAAGCCCAAGGUAAAGUAGAAAAGGUCACUGUGUAGACUAAUUUUAUUUUUAAAAAUCCACUUUUAUAUUGAAGAAAGAGUAUUCCUAAAUAAAGGAGCUGCUUUAUUCCAACAUUAGAUUUGGGAGCAUUAUAUCUAAAAUAAAGCUAAAUAUGGCUUGGUUUUCCCCCUUAAGAGUUUCUCCAAGGUACACUUUUAGUGCCUCUCAGUAUUAAAGAUUGGCAUUAAAUAACUUAGUACUGAUCAUUUAAUGGCAGAAAACAGUAUGUUAAGUUUUAUAUCAAAAAUAUCUCUUGUCAAGUAUUGCACCUUUAUUUCAAGCUAUGCACUGAAGAAAGCUCACAAAGUAUGUCCCCUGGCAUUGCUUUCUUACUAAGCUGAGGGUUGAUUUUUCACUCAUUUUUGUCCAUCUCAUUCUCCAUCCCUCAGGUUCAUACAUUUUUGUGCUAUUUGAGCCACUUUUUUCAUGUACUUCUAGCAAGAAAACUUAGCUUCCAAAGAAUAAUUUAAGUCUCAAGAAGUCAGCAAGAGAAUUGAACCAUGAAAUGAUGUUAUAGAGCGAAAAGCCUGGACUUUAACCUGUUAACUGAAAAUGGUAGAACGUUGAUGACACAUCUACUCAUGGGACACAUUCUCCAUUGACCUUUAUUGUCUUAGGAGGGGUUGGGGGGGGUCGGGGGUCCAGGAGGAGUCCUUUAAGGGUUCUUAGUCAUCAUUAUAUUCAUUUCUUUGAACAGAACUUUCUGUGUACAUUCUUUGAUUCCCCACACUUCCUUUUAGUCUUCCCACUAAGUAAAGAGAAUAAAGAACCUGUGUGAGUUUCUCUCCUAGCUAGUAGAUAGAUUGUGGUCAUACAUUAGCAUCACUUAAUAGGGCCAGAUGAUUCUUUUUACAAAUUAGUUUGCUCAAGAUGAAUUCCUUCUAAACUAUGAAUAUAAUAUGUUAAUAUUUUGCUGUGGUUAAGUUAUAAAGUCAGGCAAACAAUGCCUGCUCUGCAUAAUUUUAGAACUUUGAAAGAUUGUCUCAUUUGGACCUGGCGAAAACUAUGCAUUUUCUUUAUCUUAUCUCUAUCUCUAGAAAAACAUCCAUCCAUUUAGAGCAUUUGUGAGACACUGAUGACACAAUAACCUGAUGUGACUGCUUUUUACUCUCCUGAAUACUAUAGCCACAAAGACUACCAGUAUAGCUGGUUCAAAAGACCUUGGGAAUUUUUCCUGUCAAACAGAUAGUUGGGUUGUUGUUUCCCUUAACCAUUACUGCUACGCUCACAGUACAUUUUGUACUUUUCAGUUCUUACACAGUAGAUUGUUUAUUUUCCAUGUAGGCUUAUAAAGUAAUAAGAUUUUGGAAUAAUAUACUACAGUACUUUGUGACUUAGCUAACAAAUUGUUAGUGGUUUUUCAUUUUUAGAUUAUGAACCUUUUAGUGUUUUGUGUAGUUAUACAUACCAUAGAAAAGCCUAUCGUAUAGGCUCUUGGAUUUGGUUCAAUUGUGUUGUUAAUGACUAGUCUUCCUUGUAUGUGGGAAGCUCAUUGUAACAUGGUGAGCUUGUAAGACAGAUUUCAGUCUUGCCUCUCUCAACACCAGCAUUACAAUAGGGUACACCUUCAACUACCAACUUUGGUAGUUCAAGGCAGCCUUAGAAUUUGUCUUCAUCUUAACCUUGUUUCUAAGUCCCAUCUACUACUCACUAGAAAAUUCAUUUUAAAGUCAGCUUUCAAAACAUUGGAAAUACUCAUGUACCUUGAGAAGCUAAGAAACCAGAACAUAGGCUGAUAUUCAUAAAGGAUCAUGCAUCAAGUGUUUGAUUUUAAUUUUUUUUUUAUUUGGGGAUAUUUUUCAAUAUUUGAAGAUGUGCCUUUUUAUUAAGUAAGGUUAUUUUGUGAAUGUAGUUAAGUACUAAACCAUAAUGGGUGCAGCAUUUCUGAAAUUAAAAAUGUGAAAGUAGUUUUCAUAAAACCCCAGUGUGGCUUUGAUUGCACAAUUACUUUCAAUGCUGUUGCUAAGUCAAAGUAAGGGCACUUUCUAUUUAAAGUUACUUCCAGAAAUUGUCUUUGUCUUUGUCUUUGUAUAUUGUAAAUGUAAUAUAAUGUCCACUUGGAGGCCAGGGUACUGCAUAUCACAGGCAGCCUUAGAUACAGAAGACUUAUGUGUGAAGGAGUGGGAGUUGGAGAAAUAUAUCAGAUAACCUGUCUAUGAGAAGCUGUUAAUUUUUUAUGUAAAUCUGAAGAUUUUUUUUCUGAGAAAUUAUUUUUAUUGUUUUGCAUUUUGUAAUUUAAAAGUGGCUGCAGAACAUUUCUGAAGUAUAGUAGGAAACCAAAACACUUGGAAAGAGAAUAAAUAUAUGAAGAGAGACUGGUGGUUUUAUUUUUAAUGUUUGAAUGUAUCAGACUAACAUUUGGUGAGUGGACAUGAUGCAAUAUGUUUGUAUAAUUGAGGGUAGCCCUAGAUUUUCCUUGAGGUUAUUUGUUCAAAAUCAUUGUGUUUUUACACAAUGUGAUAAAUCAGGUGUUUUAAAAAAAAAAAAGCCCUUUUACAUAGCUGUCUUUCUGGUGCCGUUGAAGUGCGAGAAUACUUUUGCACAUGCAGAAACUAAUAGGUGAAAGUUUUUCAAUUGAUGUAAAAAAGAAAUAGGUAUUAAAAAUUUUAUUUAUACUUUAA